GGAAGACAUUUCAGUAAAAUUGAGCGAGUUAUACCCAAGUGAAUCAAAUGGUCUUGUUGGAAUUGAUCAAAACGUUACACAGGUUCAGUCGUUACUGCGAGUAGAAUCAAAUGAAGUUCUUUUUGUUGGAAUUUGGGGCAUGGGUGGCAUAGGUAAGACAACCAUUGCUCGUGCUAUAUUUGAUAAAUGUUCUCUUCAGUAUGAUGGCUGCUGUUUCUUCAAUGUAAGAGAAGAAUUGGAACGGCAUGGAUUCAGCAAUUUACGAGAGAGGCUCAUUUAUGAACUACUUGAAGGAGAAGGUCUCCAUACAAACAAAGCAAGAUUCUUCAGUUCUGCUCUAAGAAUGCUGGGUCGGAAAAAAGUUAUGGUAGUGCUUGAUGAUGUAAAUACUUCUGAAGAAUUAAGGUAUCUGGUCACAAAACCAGUUUGCUUCGGUGCAGGGAGUAGGGUGAUAAUGACAAGUAGAGAUCAGGACGUGCUUACAAGUGGAGGACUUGAUCAAAUUCAUGAGGUCAAGGAAAUGAAACCUCUUGAUUCUCUCAAGCUCUUCUGCUUGAUUGCCUUCAAUGAAAGCCAACCCAAAAUGGGAUAUGAAAAACUAACUGAAGAGGUGCUUAAAAUCGCCCAGGGUAAUCCCUUAGCCUUAAAAGUUUUAGGUGCAGAAUUCCAUUCCAGAAGUACUAUAAACACAUGGAAGUGUGCAUUAAGCAAAUUCAAGAAGUAUCCCAAUGAGAAAAUUCAAAGUGUGUUAAGAUUCAGUUAUGAUGGACUGCACGAAGUAGAGAAAAAGGCCUUCCUAGAUAUUGCAUUCUUUUUCCAAGAAGACACCAAAGCCUAUGUUAUAGAGCAACUAGAUGCAUGGGGACUUCAUGGAGCUAGUGGAGUGGAGGUUCUCCAACGGAAAGCUCUUAUAACAGUUUCAAAUGAGAAUAUAAUACAAAUGCAUGACCUGAUACGACAAAUGGGUUGCGAAAUAGUUCGUCAAGAAUGUAUUACACAUCCAGGAAGACGCACCCGAUUGAGGGAUAAAGAGGAAGUAUACAAUGUAUUGAGGUAUAAGCUGGGAACCGAUAAGGUGGAGGGCAUGCAAGUAGAUGUGUUUCGAAUUAAAGAUUUGUCGCUGAAAGUAGGAACUUUUAAAAAGAUGCCUUGUCUGAGAUUUCUGAAAUUUUAUCUCCCCGAUGAUAAUCUUUUCCUGCCGCCAAACCCGGAUGGAACGUUAUGGUAUGAAAAACGUCACUUCCCAUUGCUUUUAUCUGCAUGGUGCAAAGACCUCAUGAGAGUUGCAUGUGAGAUUCAGAUAAAAUGUGUUGACUACGUUUAUUUUGAUGGUUACUCACAUUCUUCCCUAACAUCGACGCUAAGAAACCGUGGAAGGGAAAUACGAUCGUCGACCUCGAUAUCAUUGACCGAACUAACUGGUUCCCCCGGGGAUCUUGAAUGCUCAGAUAUGCUUGAUCAACAAUUUAAGAUUCUGACUGAUGGGCUACUUUGUCUGAGAUCAACUUAUUAUCUUAAGCUUUCUAAGAGCACGGGGCAAGACAGUGGAAAACCCAAGUUGCACGUUCUGUUUGACAGCUUAAGGUUUUAUGAACGAAUAUCUGUGGGCAAGUUGAAGAACUCCGACAUCGAGGGUAAUCGGAUGUUGUUUCUUUAUUUUGCAGGUUUUAACUUUCUAUUUCGUCCCUUUCUUCUUAGGAGACCUUGGUUUCAUUUCCUCUUUUCUUUUCGUUUUGCAUUCUUCUGCACUUUAUUUUUGUAUCUUUUAUGGAAAAUGAUCCUUUGACACCCCAUACCUCCCUCUUGUCAACUGCUGGAUGGGCAAAAAUUUGUGACUGCAAUUAAAUUUUAACUUUUAUUUAAACUCUAUUGGGGAUUCGGAAACAAUGAAUCAAACUUUGUUUGAGCUUGUUAUUC